UUCCUCAACAUGUCGCAGAAAUAUUAAUGCACACUUUACAAUCUGUGACGUAAUUAUCGCUGCCUUGUUACUUCGGCAUAUUUUACGAAUUCACCAAUGAUCGGAGUCAGAGUCGACUGACGACCGACUGUUUUAGGCUCAGUCUAUUUGCUGAAAAGGACGUUGCAUGGGGCGAAGAAGGGAUGCUGUCUGCGGCUACAUGCAGACAUGUCCUCGCUGUCUUUUACCGAGUUCAAAGCAUCGAAAAUCUGCCGUUCGAGCUGCAGAGAAACUUCAAUUUGAUGAGAGAUUUAGAUCAACGCACUGAGGAUCUGAAAGGACAGAUCGACUCUCUGGCUAAAGAAUACACGGCCAACGCUCGCACUCUUCACUCCGAACAGAAGCUGUCAAUACUGAGGCAAAUUCAACAGUCCUACAGUAAAUGUAAAGAGUUUGGAGAUGAUAAGGUGCAGCUGGCCAUGCAGACGUACGAAAUGGUUGACAAACACAUCAGACGUCUGGACACAGACCUGGCGCGGUUCGAGGCCGACCUCAAGGAAAAGCAGAUUGAGAGCACAGAUUAUGAUUCCACCUCCAGUAAGGGGAAGAGAGUAGAAUCACGACAGAAGGAGAAGAAAAUGGCUAAAACAAGGUCAAAGGUCAAGAGUUCAGAUGAAGAUGGAAGUCCUAAGAGUGCACAGAAGAAAGUCAAACUCCUCCAACCGGGAGAGUUCAACAGUCCUUCCUCCAACUUUGGAAACGUUCAUCCCUCUGAUGUGCUGGACAUGCCGGUGGACCCCAACGAACCCACCUACUGCCUGUGUCACCAGGUGUCCUACGGAGAGAUGAUUGGCUGUGACAACACUGACUGCUCCAUUGAGUGGUUCCAUUUUGCGUGUGUUGGCCUGACGACCAAACCAAGAGGAAAAUGGUAUUGUCCACGGUGCUUGCAAGACCGAAAGAGGAAAUAAAGGGUCCUCAAAGAAGGGGACGUCUAUCAGAUGGAAAAUUGAAAAAAAAAUCCUUUUCAUCAAUUUCUCAAAUAUUUUGUUUCUCAUUUCUUAACAUUUGGUGCUUUUACUUUUGGUUUACACUAGAUAAUUGGCCUUGGUUUGAUGCAGUGAGUGUGAAGGAACCAAGAAGUUACAGUUAUAUUUAAAUAAUGUUUUCUGUUAGGUAGCUGUUAACAGAUGUUUCAUUUUUUAAGAUACUUUUGUUGCUGUUUUGUGUGUUUUUUUAUAUAUAUAUUUUUAUUUUACAUGUGAAUAAUGAACACUACAUUUUUGCCUAAUGGUUUUAUGGUUUACAUUUCCCUAAUACUGUACAAUAUAUAUUUGUUUGACCACAAAGUUUCUCUAAAAAAGG